CCUCCUGCCUGGGCCGUCCUCGCCCCGAUGCAGCAGCAGCAGCAGCAGCAACAGCCGCCGCCGUCGCAGGUCUCCUCCAGGCAGCGCCAGGCCGGGCGGAGCCGGAAGCAAGCCUUGUGAAGGUCGAGCCGGCGCUGGAAGAAGAGAGCAAGGCGGCGGCUGAGGCUGAGAGUGAGACCGAGGCUGAGGCGGUUCCUCCAUGGCGCUCAACCUGAGCCGGAACGGGCCGGCGCUGCAGGAGGCCUAUAGCCGCGUCGUGGCCUCCGGAAGCCCGGCCAACUGGGCUUUGUUUACUUAUGAAGGUAACAGCAAUGACCUGAGAGUAGCUGGAACUGGAGAAGGUGGCUUGGAGGAGAUGGUGGAAGAACUCAACAGUGGGAAAGUGAUGUAUGCUUUCUGCAGAGUGACAGCUCCUCACUCUGGCUUGCCCAAAUAUGUGCUCAUCAAUUGGUUUGGUGAAGGUGUUAAUGAUGUGAGAAAAGGAGCCUGUGCCAACCAUGUCAGCUCUGUUGCAAACUUCUUGAAGGGUGCCCACGUUACGAUAAAUGCUCGAGCUGACGAGGAUGUGGAGCCAGAGACUAUAAUGGAGAAAGUGGCUAAGGCAUCGGGGGUGAACUUUAACUUUCACAGCGAAGGCAAUAAGUUCCAAGAUGCUGGGCCUCAAGCACCAGUGGGCUCAGUAUACCAGAAAACUAAUGCCCUGUCCGAGAUUAAAAGGGUCAGCAAAGAUAGUUUCUGGGCCAAAGCAGAGAAAGACGAGGAGAACCGGCGACUAGAAGAAAAGAGGAAAGCAGAAGAAGAAUGUCGGCGCCUUGAAAAAGAGCGUCGGGAGCGAGAAUUGCAGGAAGCAGCUUUACGUGAACAAAGAUUUAAAGAGCGAGCCAAUCAGAUUGAUGCUCAGAAGAAAUUCCAGCAACAACAGGAAGCAGAGUUAAAGAACAAAGAUAAACAGCAAUGGAAGGAACAGGAAGAAGAGCACAGCAAGAUGCAGAAGGGUUUCCGAAGGAGUGAAUCUGUGGAGAAAGCUCAGGAAGCAGCAUCAGUAAUAGCACAACGAUCAGUAAAUCCUCGUGAUAUCUUCAAACAGAAGGAAAGGUCAAUGUCAACAGAAGCGCCGGCUGUCGGUUCCCAUCCAGGCAAGUUGCGGAGUCCCUUUCUGCAGGAAAACAGUCGAGCAGAGGCUUCCCUAUCCCAUGUCAGUCCUGCUGCUCAAGAUGUUCACCUGCCUUCUGAUGUUCAUCCAACUGUCCAUGAUAUGCCUGCAGUCUCUCCUGCUGCUGAACUUGUCGAUUCUGCCAGGCAGAACAGUUACAAAUCGGAAGCUCCAGUCUACCAGCCAGAGGUGGAGCAUGAAGCUGAGUAUGAAGAACCCCCUGCCCAAACAGUUAUCUAUGAUGAACCCCCUGAGGAGCUGCCUGAAGACAAUAAAUAUGAAUACAGUGAUAACUACCAACAAAAUCUUAACUUGGAAGGGAAAGGUGUAUGUGCUCGAGCUUUGUAUGACUAUCAGGCCGCUGACGACACUGAGAUCUCUUUUGACCCUGAGAACAUCAUCACCAACAUUGAGAUGAUCGACGAGGGCUGGUGGCGCGGGUUUGGUCCAGACGGGCACUUUGGAAUGUUCCCUGCCAACUACGUGGAACUCAUUGAGUAAAAGUUCUGUGCCGGAGCUAAAACGCAAGCAAUACUUGAAAGAACAAUUCUGUGGAGCCAGUUCUUUGCGGUUAUAUUGUGUGUGGCUUUUUAAAGAGUGAAGUGCCAUUGCUCUGUGCCCCUGUUGCUGGAGCAGCAUCUGCGCCUGCCCAGUGAAGCAGAACUCUUCCUUUGCCUUCUCUUUGUUUUCCUUAUCUGGCAUUUUUAAUUGAAGAUAGGAGCCAAUAUGGCAAAUGUGCUACACUUCCCUUCUUUUAGAGGUAUAGAUGUUGGCUCCAGGCGUCCUCCUGAAACACACAGGGACCAGAUUACUCUUUGAACAUCAAGAUGGAGGUGUUUGGUUUGAUUUUUUUUAAUGCAAACUGAUUUUUCAUCUUUAUGUUGCAGUUUUCUGAGAUAGCAUAAAGAAGCUUUGAGGUGGGGGUAGGGAAUGCUAACGGACUGAGUAACUUUAGAUUUACAUUCCACAGCCAGUUAUUCUUGAGCACUCUUUUGGAGAAAAUGGCUUACAGGUUUCAGCUUUUUGAGAUGCAGUCCACUAGGAACUGCUCUAGGGCUAGCUCCAGUUGAAAUGAAUGGAAUUGUACAGUAUUCUUGUGCAACUCUUUUCCAUUUCAGUGGAGCAAAUCUUCAAUGGAAGAGUAUGCCCUCGGACUAUUCCAUGAUUCUAUUGGAAGCUCCAGGAUGCCUGCCUUUUACAUUCUUGGCCCUCUGCUGUUGUUUCCUCUGUUUUAGAUAUAAACACAAUCAGUGAGUGCCCUGGAAACAAUGCUGGCUUAAAAAUAUACGUAGUGCACACAGUUUUAAAUAGCGUGCUUUGUAUUCGCAUGAUGUGUGGUCUGGUUAACAGAGAGAAAACUUUCUGGUGGUUUUAAAAAGCCUUAUAUGUGUUCAGAUGGGAUUUGGAUUAUUCCUUUUUCCUUUCUUUUUUCUUUUCAAUAUAAAAUAUAAAACAGUAUGUUAAAGAAACCUCAGGCAACUGAGCCACUCAGGAGUGGUGCAAGCUGCUGCUGUGGUCUCGCUGUGCCACAGUGAAUUGCUCGGAUGUCAACUAAAUAUAUUAACCUAGAUAAGGCUAUUGGUUGCACACAUAGGGUCAAAGAGUGCACUCACCUCUUCGUUACAUGUUAGCUACAGUUUUAUUUUUAAAACUAAAAUUAGCAAUUUUCAACAUCCAUUUUGUCUUGCUCAUGGCAGUUCUGAUGCUAUUCCCUAGGAACGUCCUGUGCAAAUAUUUGACAUGGAGAAUGGUUUUAAUAGAAGGAAAUCACACUGUUUGCUUGAGAAACAAAACUAAUAGCCAAACUAAUAGUCUUGCAAAAUUAAAUCCCAUAUGUUUGAUGUGAUAACAACUAUGGAAACAAUAUUGAGUUCUCAUUUCAUCUCUUCCAGCCAGUUUUAACACUUCAUGGAAUUUUAUUAAGUGAUCAUUUCAAAGAGAGUAUUUAGAAGCUCGUUACCUCAUUUCCACAUGUCCCUUGUUUUUCAGUAACUGGAAACUAAAUUUGAACUACCCAUUCCCGUUUUUAUCCCUUAUUUCUACUCCACUAGUCUCCGUGGAAGCUUUUAAAACUGUCUGUGCUAUUUCUUUGUAUAAAAUGACUAUGGGGCCCUCUCUUGUUCCUUCUCGCUUCGUAGUUUGAGGUACUUUUUGGCAUUUUUUUUAAAGACAUAUUCUCUUUUAGGAACAAUAAAGGAGUGUGGCCUUGGGAAUGGCUGUAACAGACCAGAGUGGCUUCCUAGGGAUUCUUGAGAGUGAGUUUUUAUUAGAAUUUCCAACUAUCAUGCAGAAUCAUUGCCAGUUCAGUUCCUGCUGUUCACUGCAUCUCCCGCUUUCAUUCCGACUUUCUCUUUUUCCGCCUUCUGCCAUUCAUUUGGGGCAGGGAGAAGGCUUGUGACUUGUACCACUUGUUUCAUGAUGCUCUGAAUAAUUUAAGAAAUGAACUGAUUAAAAUAACUACCUGUGAAUUA